AUGGUAAAAGAACAUGAGGGACAGUGUGCUACAUACCCACCAGGAAUAACAGCCCAGCAGAUGGAUUCAAAUACAAAACAGUUUGCCUUGGGCAUAUCACCCAUGCAUGCAAGGACUGAGCCUGAAUCCAAAGCAGAUAAACAGGCACAUCCAAAUGAUCCAGCACUCUAUGUCACAGCAAAGGGGAAAUAUGAGCCCAUUCUUGCAAAACGGGCAAUCAGAGGUGCACAUGAUGGCCAGUCUGAGUUCAACACAUCAUCGGUACAAGAACCUCACACAGGCCCAAAGUUGUCUUUAAUUGCAGCAGGACUGUGCUGCAGUGAGGGGGAACUCACUUCCCUUCAAUGCAGUGAGGAUGAGGCAAUCCUCAGCCGGGAUUCAGAAUGCAGCCCUGCUGCCCCCAAGCUGGACCCAGAGGGCGCCAUCCUGACUCAUUCCCACCCGACAGAGGCAGCCAUGUUGCUGCCUGCUUCCCCACAGUGCAGUAAAUCAGCAUCCAUACAGCAGAGGCUUGAUAGUGUGGAGGCCAGUCUGGCAGCCAACAAGGACAGGAUCACUACCUUGUUGCACAUCAUCCAUGACCUGGAGGCCAGCCACAGCACUGCCAAUGGAAGGCGAUGCUUCAAGACAGGACAGGAUCUAAAAAACUGUUCAACUUGCCAAAAGACUGCCUGUAUUGUCUACAGUGUGGAGUACGACUUCAGACAGCAGGAAAGGUGCUUCUUGGAGGUUGUAAAUCAUCAUUCAGCGAGAGGAAAUAAGGCGUACCACGAUCACCAGAAUGCUACCCUAAAGUUCAGUUUGCUCAAAAAAGCCAUGAAGAAUGUGAGAAAGUCCAAGAAGAAAAGUAAAAAGCUCUACAAGAUUCUCUUGAAGUGGCUGCCUAAAAAACUCCAGCAUGUUUAGAAUUGUUUACAGUACUAAGAUGUUGCAGUGAUGUAGAAGGAUUUCAACUUUUACCUGGAUUUCGCAAUUCAAGUUUUUUCUAAACUGCACUUUCUGGGGGAUUCUGCCCAUCAUCCACAAUCCUUAUGUGAGACAAUAACACACAUACUGUAUCUUUCUCUUUUCUGUGAAUUCUAAAUAGUGAAAAACUGCAACAGUAAGGCAGCCUAUAAUGCCCUCUAAAAAAUGCACAUGCACUAAAUAGUAUAUAUGUAAUGUAGUAACAGGAUCAAUCAUUAUAUCAUGUAAUAUUUACAGUAUUUUGGUCAUCUUAAGCGUUACUGGAACUUAUUUCCUUGGUGGAUUGAUAUGACAGCGCGCAUUGCAACAAAAUUCAGAAUAACUCUCAUUCCUCUGAUAAAAAAAUUGCUUCCGAGCGAUGUUGUGGUUAUAUAAUGCUGCGUUCCAUUUGUUGAGAGCCAUAUAAGAUCAAGAUGGUAGCAUGUGGAUUUUCAAAGUUGACCAACUUCCCGGCUUGGUACCACAACCGUCUACUAUACAGGUGAGAUGCAUGAUUUAUGAUCUAGCAUUAGCUUUUAUUAACUCAAAGGCAACAUUUUUAUUUCAUAGUGGGUCGCAAACAAUGUUAUAGCUUGGUUAUAUGUAGGUCAGAGCAUGUAAAUUGAGCGUUGUAAAGCGUUAGAUAAAUCUUAAUUACUAGUGAGCCACCUAACCUUGUUCUAGCGCAGGGGUAGGGAACCUAUGGCUCUAGAGCCAGAUGUGGCUCUUUUAAUGACUGCAUCUGGCUCUCAGAUAAAUCUUAGCUGACAUUGCUUAACACGAUAAGUAAUGAAUAAUUCAGCUGGUAAUCACAGUGUUAAAAAUAACAUUCAAAAUAUAAAACAUUCUCAUGCAUUUUAAUCCAUCCAUCCGUUUUCUACCACACCUGUUCAAGAAGUCGCAUUAAUAGUAAGAAGUAUUUUAUUUAUUAUUGGUUAGCUUCAGAAUAACAAUGUUAUUAAAAACAAUAAGAGACUUAUUAUACUCUAAAAAUGUUGGUCUUACUUAAAAAUGCACGCAUCUAGUUGUAUUCGGUGUUAAAAAAUAUUAUAUGGCUCUCACGGAAAUACAUUUUAAAAUACUUGGCUUUCAUGGCUCUCUCAGCCAAAAAGGUUCCCGACCCCUGUUCUAGCGGCUUUACUUUUUAAAACUCACAAACAGGAAAAAUGUUUUUGUCUCACAUAUUGUGGAUUGUGGAUGAUGGGCAACAUUCCAAAAACAUGCAGUUUUCCUUUAAGAGGUUGUUGUUGUUGUUUAAGUUCAUUUCGAACAUGUAUACAGUUUCAAUAUGAUACAUCACAUAUUUACAUUUUCUCAUCACAACAUGUCCAAAAAGGAGCAGAUAUAGGAGUAGGUCAGUUGGAUAUUUAUUUUUACUCAAAUGGUAAAAAUAUAGCAUUUUUAGCACAUAGAGUACUAUAUUUGUGGAGUGGCCGUAAGAAGCAAAAAAAUCCAAAUAAACCAGUUAGUCCUAGUAAUAACAGUAAUUCCCAUUAAAUUAUUCAUUUGGACCCCCACCAAUAAACGUGAAGCUACCUAUGUCCUCACUCAUGAACACAUUAUAAUGGCACUGUCUGUGAAUACAGAUUGUCGUUACGACAACGUACAGUAGAUGGCAUUAAUACCUCAUACGCACCUGAAGCCUCAUCAUUAAGAGUUGCAUGGAUUUCCUACUAAUAAUAGACAUACGUUCAAAUCCAGAAAAAAACACAAAUCCAAGAACAUUUCUUUGUUACAUCACAAUCAACGUGGAAUUGAUCCCAGAUGUCUGCUUGGUUGGGCACGCCCAGACCACACCUCCUUAUAAAUAUGCAAAUUGUAUUGAAAUAAGCCAGGAUUCAGAGGGUAGGAGGUGCUUCUUUGUCUGUGUUUUAAGCAUUUAAAAAGAGGGUUGAGAAUGUGAGAAUGCUGUGCGCUUCAAAAUCUGCACCCAGGCUAAAAUAAAUAAUUAAUGGUCGAGCACCAGGAAGAAGGUGAAGAAGAAGAUGGGUGUGCAUGGCCAAAACAGACGGACCAAAAAAUAAAGUUGUGCUGCACCCUGUUUGAAAUGACAGUCGCUGCAAUGAUACGUAAAACUUUAGAUGAGGUCGGUGACUCUAUAUUACCCCCAAUAUAAAUAUGACAUGUGUAACUUGCAACAAAAUGUGUUCCUACAGUCAAAUUAGUUUUAUGUGAGUUUUAAGUCAUAUUUGGUUUGCAAUCAUUUAAAUUAAAACAUGCCAGCACAUCAAAAAGGAUUCAAAAGACAUUGACUCUUGUUUCUUUACUCAAUAUGUUAUUACAACACAGGAGAGCUUCUUGCUGUAGCAGUCGUACGUGACACAAAGGCGGGUAAUUCCUCCAUGCUGCAACCACCGGCCGCUACUGUCCGCUCGACUGGCCAAGCACAUGUGCUGGAGUCACAGAAACACAUCGUGGCAGCAAUAGGUGGCAAAAGUAUUGUCUAGAUCAGACCUGGGCAUUCUGCGGCCCGCGGGCCGCAUCCGGCCCUUUGUACGUCCCUGUCCGGCCCGCGUGAGGCCAAUUAUAAAUUACAAAAUACAUUUUAAAAAGCAUCUAUUUCGAGUGUGCAAUACAACAGUGCUGCUUUUGUUUUGAAAAGCGUUAUUUGUAUUACUUCCGUGUGGACGUAUGCUCGUGCGUGCAGCGACAAUCACAAAUACAAAAUAAAUUAAAAAAAACAACUUUGUCGUGCGCCCUGCGAUGAGGUGGCGACUUGUCCAGGGUGUACCCCGCCUUCCGCCCGAUUGUAGCUGAGAUAGGCUCCAGCGCCCCCCGCGACCCCAAAGGGAAUAAGCGGUAGAAAAUGGAUGGAUGGAUGGAUCUUUGUCGUGCGUGCAAUACAACUGUGCUGCUUUUAUUUUGAAAAGUGUUAUAUGUGCGUAUGUCCUGUGAGGGAAGGCGCACAGCGGUUAUCCCCGAGACGCUAAAAACAGAAAAGUUGAU